UAUCCUGUGUCCAGGGAACGCCACGUCAUCAAAAAAAUUCGCCCAAUCAGAAAGAGUUAUUCAUCCACGUCAGAAGCGCGCGUCCAGAAUCGACCAUUUAAUAAGGUGGGCUUCUAUGGGCUUUCUCUGUUCUAUUUUCGGUCCGGUUUGGACCCAUCUCGCAGGAACCCAUCUCGCAGGAACCGAAGUCGAGAGAUAUGAUUCUCCACGCCGCUUACGCUUCGUCUUCUGAGAGAGAAUCAGAUCAAAGAGCAAAGAAAAAAGAAACUGAUAAUUGAUCGAGCAAUUUACUUUCGCUUUGAUCAAUCACUACGUUCUUAAUGGUUCCGUUCCAUCUCCCUCAUCCUCUCCUUCUUUAUAUACUUAGAUUCUCUCCUCCCUCAAACCAAAACCCUAGAACCACUCAAACCUCAAGACAUGGCGAUGAAACGAAAUGGGAAGGCCCCCGUCUCCUCCGAUUCUGAUGAGAAAGUCGUGUUCUUCAAUGAUGUCUCUUUAGGCCCCCAUGAAUCUCAGUUGCGAUUCCGACUCAUCCACUUCUGGGAGGCUCGGAACCCGGUGAAGAAGACAGUCAUUGGUCUGGAGAUGCUCCUCAUCGACGAACAGGGAACUGUUGUUCAAGGAUUCAUCCCACCGGGAAGAAUUAAGAAGUUCUUGCCGGACAUGAAACGUGGAUCAGUUUACAAACUCAUCAACUUCUACGGAUCGAAAAACAAGCCGGUGUAUCGGGUUUCUGACCAUGUCGCGACCGUCUCUUUCACAUGGAACUCUGAACUGAUCCCGCUUCACGACAUUCCCAUCCAUUUCGCUGAAGACCGUUUCAGGUUUCAUUCACAUGAAGAUUUCGAAGCAAAUUGUGAUCUCAGAGGUGACCUCUAUGAUGUCCUUGGCCACAUGAAGCUGGUCAAUGGACAGACUCUUACUGAGCGUCCAACCCUUGACGAAUUGGAGAUAGCUGCCACUCGGCACGUUUUGGUUCAUGUGCAAUCGCAUGACGGCCCUGUGAUGAAGCUCUACCUUUGGGACCAGGCUGCAACAGAGUUCUGCCAGAAAUUCAAAACCUUUGAAAACACUCCAACAGUGAUUUUGGUCACGACUGUUAACCCCAAACGUCUCGGAGGUACCCUUGCCCUCUCCUCUAUGUCCUCCACACGGGUGUUCAUGGACAAUGAUGUCCAACCAACCAUAGAGUACUCCACCUGGCUCGGCUGUAACCCAGACACUGCUAAUCAGGUUAUUGCAGAGGUGGUAACUAAGCGUGAGACGCUGUCUAUAGCGGACAUAUUCUCCUACAUCAAACAGGACUCUGCAAAGGAUGCCUUUUUUGAAUGCACGGCUACAAUUGAUGAUGUUGUUCAUGGCUCUGCUUGGUACUACAUUGCAUGCAGUGGGUGCCAUUCUAAGGCUACGAAAGGCCCAACGUCGAUGGUGUGUACAAACACAAAGUGUGAGAAGGUUAACACAACUGGUGUUGCAGAGUACCGUGCAAAGAUAUCUGUUUAUGACAACAGUGAGCAAGCUGUUUUUGUCUUGCUUGGUGAUGCUGGUCGUUCUUUAACUGGGAAGCACGCAUCAGAGUUGCUGAGCAGCUACUUUGAGGCCAAUGGGGACAAAGGAGCUGAGGAUGAGGUGCCUGUCCCAGAAGCUCUAAUCAGCAUCAUCGGACAAACGCAUAGGUUUUGUGUGAAAGUGACUGAUCACAACUUCUCAGGCAACACCCGAGCUAUAACAGUCACCAAGGUCCUCUCUCAAGACAUCCCUCCACACACAGAAGAAUCGGUUGGAAACAACAAUGCUGCAGCGUCCAAGGUAACGAUGCUGACCAGAGACGAAGUGUCCGAAUCCUCCAAAAGCCGUGGAGAUUGUGCAAAUGAAGAGAGUAAGAGGGGGUAUGACACUGCUGAUCCAGAGAAGGCUAAACGCCCAAGAUGUGAGAAUUAGAGCUUUGUUCAUCUUCUCAGAUGUUGCAAGGUCCACUAAAUUUCAAGUCUUUGCUUUUCAAUUUCAGAAUUGUUUUCUGGUUUUCUUUCAGUUUCUACAUUUCAGAGUUUUUUGCUUGCAGACAGUUUAAGAAUUGAUUUCUGGUUUCCAAACAAUUAUGUUUUUAAUAUCCUACUCUGCGUUUUUA